CCUCAACGCAGUAAGCCAAAAGUGCUAAAAGGUGACGCGUAUUUUGUUGUUAUAAUAUUUUGAAAUAUGAUUUAUAAUUAAUAAAGCACAAUAUUUUUUGUUACUUUUGAACAAUUAGGUUAGGUACAAUAAUUAAACAGUCCACAAGAAAAAGAAACACAAUGUAAAAUAAUGUAACAAAUAAAAGAAUUUGGUUUGCGGUUAAUACGUCACGUUUCAGUUAGACGAAAAUCAAACAAAUAGUUAGCAAGUGAUUACGACGACCAGUAUACCUAGUUGUACCGCCUGCCGCAACAGUAUAUACCUCAACGAUUUCUUUCAACAGUAUACGACUGGUUCACGAUCCAAGGGGUAGAGUCAUACAAAAGGACAUAUAUAAUUUAAUAACCAAAAUGAGUGAUGACAAAGAUUUGCCGAUGAGUAAAAUAAAAGGUGAUGGACCUAUCGAUCCCGAAUCGGGGUAUUCAAAAAUGUUCAAAAACCAAAUGGAAAGCCGGAGAACCUUCUACGUAGUCUUAACAUUACUAAUAUUCAUAAUAGUAGUGCUCAUAAUAGCUGUUUUCGGAUUAUCGUUUGCCUACUUAAAGAUGACGGAAGACCAAAGACAGAUAUGUACAACAGAAGACUGCUUAAGAUCUGCUACCAUAUUAGUUGAGUCAAUGAAUAAGUCUGUUGAUCCAUGUGAAGACUUUUAUCAAUUUGCUUGUGGAAAUUUCGCAAAAUUGCAUAAAAUACCAAAAACAGCUGUUUCAAAUGAUCGGUUUAUCGAAGUGGAUUCAUCAAUGUUAGUACUUGUUAGAGAUUUUUUGGAAAGAGACGAUGUAGAAGAUGAACCUUCCUCCAUAUCGAAGUCCAGACGUUUGUAUCGUUCAUGCAUGGCAACUGCAAUAGAUAGAACGAAAACGGAAUAUGUUAUCAAACAAUUAAUUCAGAUUUUAGAGACAAGUGGUUUGCCGUUCAAUGUGAUUAUCAAUAGGAAAAAAGCAUCAAAUAUCUCGUCAAUUUUAGCUAGAUUAAAAAAACGAAUGAACUUGGACUAUUUGUUUAUGGUAAAUGUUCAAUCAGAUACAAAAAAUCGAACACUUAAUCGAAUUACUCUAAGUAAACCAAGUGCUACAGAUGUAUUUCCAGUUUACAAAUUAACAGACACAAUUAAGAAAAUGGGUUCAAAAAAAUUGAUUGAAACUGUAGAAAAAGAAAAAAAAACAGCAAACCCAAAUGAAGAUGAAACACAUACAAAUUAUAAAUAUUUUAUAAAUAAAUAUAAUAAAUAUUUAUGUGGCGUUCUUGUUGAAAUGUAUGAAUUAAAAUAUGUUGAUUGUAUAAUAUAUCUACGGAUUCUUAAAAUUGAUGAAAUAUUAAGCUUCAAUGAUGAACAUUCAAAAAUAAUAUAUGAAAUAUAUGAUACUGAUAAUCCAGACCUUCCAGUAGUUACGACUGUUGAUGAAUUACAAGAGUAUACAAAUUACGUUACACAGAUUUUCACUGAUACAAACGAAACAAUUAUUGAUUGGAAAGAAUACCUUACAAUUAUAUUUAUGGACGUGAAAAAUGUAACAUUGGAUUUUGAAACUGAUUUAAUUCAAAUAUAUAAUUUUGAAUAUUUUGAAGCACUAUUCAAAUUAAUAAGUAAACAUAAAGAUCAAUUAAUCAUCAAUAUAUGGUGGGAAGCUGUUCGCACUCUUUUGCCAUACACUACGAAUGAAAUGCGAUUCUUGAAAGACAGAUUUUUAUACGAAACAAGUGGAUUUGAAAAUAAUCCUUCAAGAUCACUAUAUUGUGCAAAUGCUGUAAACACAAUGAUGGGAAUGGCCGUUUCCCGUUUAUUAUUAGACAUAGAACAAAUAUAUCGUAAUAUGAAAAUGGCUGCUGAGAUGAACGAAAAUAUUCAUUGGGCGUUUGAAAAAAUAGUUAAAGAGUUAAAUUGGAUGGAUGAUACGACUAAACAGAGGACACUAUACAAAGCACAGCAAAUGAGAACGCUAAUUGGCUUUCCUGAAUUCAUAAAUGACUCAAAAAAACUCGAUGAUUACUAUUCUGAAUUUGAAGUAAUAGAAAAUGAUUAUUUUGGAAACGUUAUUCGUUAUGUUCAACAAAUAUUAAACAACUCGUUGAAAUUACUUAGGGAGUCCAAUAAUUUUAACACUUCCAAUUCUUGGGCAUUAGAUCCUUUAGAAGUUAAUGCGUUUCACUGGUACCAAGCAAAUACAAUAAAUGUUCCAGCUGGUGUAUUACAAUUUCCUUUCUUUGGACAUGAUUUACAGAUACUCAACUAUGGUUUUUUUGGUUCGAUGCUGGGCCAUGAACUGACACAUGGUUUUGACAAUACUGGCCGAAGGUUCGAUCAAGAUGGAAAUGAAAAUAUGUGGUGGACUAAUCAAAGUACAGCAGAGUAUGAAAAACGCACCAAAUGUUUCAUCCAUCACUAUGAUUCUUAUUUAAUACCCGAAUUAAAAAAAAAGAUAAGUGGUAAAAGGACGUUGGAUGAAAAUAUUGCUGAUAAUGGGGGGUUGAGAGAAGCAUUGUGGGCUUAUAGAAAAUUUGUAAACGAUAACGGCGAAGAACCAAAACUACCUGGACUUGAACAAUACACUAAUGAACAAAUUUAUUUUUUAGCUUUUGCAAAUAAUUGGUGUGAAGUAACAACAACUGAUUCGUUAUCAAGCAGUAUAUUAGAUGUCCACAGUCCAAACAGCAUACGAGUGAUGGCAGGACUAAUCAAUUCCGAUGAAUUUAGCGAUGUAUGGAAUUGUAAAAAAGGUUCCAAAAUGAAUCCAGAAAAUGAAAAAUGUAAAAUAUGGUAAUAGGUGCAGACAUAAAAUUGUUAUGAUUUAUUAAAUAACCAUUAAAAUUAUAAAUGUC